AUGCGGAUGGGUUGGAGACUAAAGGGGUUUUAUGACAGGACUAAAGGGAAUGAUGGACUUGAGACUCUUAAAAUGUUGUGGAGGGUUUGGUGUAUCAAGAAAGUUAGGAAAAUAGAUGGGUCAAGAGGGGAAGAAGGGGGAGUCGAUGUUGGGGAUGGGGUUGUGGAGUGUGGAAUGGGCGAAGAUGGAGGAGUCGGUGGUGGUGAUGGGUUUGUGGUAUCUGGGAUGGACGUUGAGUCCGUGGGAAGCAAGGAUAGCAGGGGCGAUAUGGCUGGGAUCGUGGGAUGGGAUGAUGUUAAGGAAACCAGAGGUGACAGCAAAGAGGUUUGA